ACGGGCGGUGAUUGGCAAGGGGGUGGGUUUUGCUUCCCGGCGGGGUCCUGCGGAGUUGGCUGAGGCUCCUCAGGGACUGGGGGACCGAUCUGCGUAGAAGCGGGUGGCGGGGAAGAGAGGGAGAAGAGCCGGGGAAGCGGAGCCGGGGACCUGGGACCCGUCGCAUCAGAGCCAGGCAAGUGAACCGGAGCAAACGACUUCCGAUCCAGUCUGCGUUGCUGCGGCUCCCGUUUGGGAUUUGAUUUGCAGCAUCUUGGAGCCUCUACGACGAAAAACCGCGAAGCACACCCAGCCCUCCCCCGGCACCCCGAUACUCACCCACUCCCUCCCGGGGACACAGCUGGGCGCGUCCACACCCCCGCACCCCCACACCAUGUUGUGCGGAAGGACUUCCACUCCCCGCCUGUGUCGUUGAUGUCAGACCCCAGGCCAGCCUCCGGGCGCUGCAGUUCUCCUGGCUAAUGCUGAGGCUGCCGCUCCGGUUCUAGCACAGGAACCAGCCACUGCCGCACCCGGCCCCAUCGCCCACCGUCUGCAUGUGCCCGCCGUAGCCGCCUGCCCAUCCCGCAGCCCGCGCUCCACGGAGCGCUGGAGACCACCGCGGGGGGCCCCUUCUGCCCUCGGGAGAAGCGGUCUUGGAGGUAUUGAUUUUGGUGGUUGGAUUUUUCCCGUGGAUCUAUCAAUUCACAAUUCGAAUUUGGAAGAAAGAAGGAAAACAUGACGUCUCCAGCCAAAUUCAAAAAGGAUAAGGAGAUCAUAGCAGAGUACGAUACUCAGGUCAAAGAGAUCCGUGCUCAGCUAACAGAGCAAAUGAAAUGCCUGGACCAGCAGUGUGAGCUCCGUGUGCAGCUAUUGCAGGACCUCCAGGACUUCUUCCGAAAGAAGGCUGAGAUUGAGAUGGACUACUCCCGCAACCUGGAGAAGCUGGCCGAGCGCUUCCUGGCCAAGACACGCAGCACUAAGGACCAGCAAUUCAAGAAGGAUCAGAAUGUUCUCUCGCCAGUCAACUGCUGGAAUCUCCUCUUAAAUCAGGUGAAGCGGGAGAGCAGGGACCACACCACCCUGAGUGACAUCUACCUGAAUAAUAUCAUUCCUCGAUUUGUCCAAGUCAGCGAGGACUCAGGAAGACUCUUUAAAAAGAGUAAAGAAGUCGGCCAGCAGCUCCAAGAUGAUUUGAUGAAGGUCCUGAACGAGCUCUACUCGGUCAUGAAGACAUAUCACAUGUACAAUGCCGACAGCAUCAGUGCUCAGAGCAAGCUAAAGGAGGCAGAGAAGCAGGAGGAGAAGCAAAUCGGUAAAUCGGUCAAGCAGGAAGACCGGCAGACCCCACGCUCCCCUGACUCCACAGCCAACGUCCGCAUUGAGGAGAAACACGUUCGGAGGAGCUCAGUGAAGAAGAUUGAGAAGAUGAAGGAAAAGCGCCAAGCCAAGUACACAGAGAAUAAGCUGAAGGCCAUUAAAGCCCGGAACGAGUACUUGCUGGCUUUGGAGGCAACCAAUGCAUCUGUCUUCAAGUACUACAUCCACGACCUGUCUGACCUUAUUGAUCAGUGCUGUGACUUAGGCUACCAUGCUAGCCUGAACCGGGCUCUGCGCACUUUCCUCUCUGCUGAGUUAAAUCUGGAACAGUCAAAGCACGAAGGGCUGGAUGCCAUUGAGAACGCAGUAGAAAACCUGGACGCUACCAGCGACAAGCAGCGCCUCAUGGAGAUGUACAACAACGUCUUCUGCCCCCCUAUGAAGUUUGAGUUCCAGCCCCACAUGGGGGACAUGGCUUCCCAGCUCUGUGCCCAGCAGCCUGUCCAGAGCGAGCUGGUGCAGAGAUGCCAACAACUGCAGUCUCGCUUAUCCACUCUGAAGAUUGAGAAUGAAGAGGUAAAGAAGACAAUGGAGGCCACCCUGCAGACCAUCCAGGACAUUGUGACUGUCGAGGAUUUUGAUGUAUCUGACUGCUUCCAGUACAGCAACUCCAUGGAGUCCGUCAAGUCCACGGUCUCAGAAACCUUCAUGAGCAAGCCCAGCAUUGCUAAGAGGAGAGCCAACCAGCAGGAGACAGAGCAGUUUUAUUUCACGAAAAUGAAGGAGUACCUGGAGGGCAGGAACCUCAUCACCAAAUUACAAGCCAAGCACGACCUUCUGCAGAAAACCCUAGGAGAAAGUCAACGGACAGAUUGCAGUCUAGCCAGGCGCAGCUCAACUGUGAGGAAGCAGGACUCCAGCCAGGCAAUUCCUCUGGUGGUAGAAAGCUGUAUCCGGUUCAUCAGCAGACAUGGACUACAGCAUGAAGGAAUUUUCCGGGUGUCAGGAUCCCAGGUGGAAGUGAAUGACAUCAAAAACGCCUUUGAGAGAGGAGAGGACCCCCUGGCUGGAGACCAGAAUGACCAUGACAUGGACUCUAUAGCUGGUGUCCUGAAACUUUAUUUCCGGGGGCUGGAACACCCUCUCUUCCCCAAGGACAUCUUUCACGACCUGAUGGCUUGCGUCACGAUGGACAACCUGCAGGAGAGAGCUCUGCACAUCCGGAAAGUCCUCCUGGUCCUGCCCAAAACCACUCUGAUUAUCAUGAGAUACCUCUUUGCCUUCCUCAAUCAUUUAUCACAGUUCAGUGAAGAGAACAUGAUGGACCCCUACAACCUCGCCAUCUGCUUCGGGCCCUCGCUGAUGUCAGUGCCGGAGGGCCACGACCAGGUGUCCUGCCAAGCCCACGUGAAUGAGCUGAUCAAAACCAUCAUCAUCCAGCAUGAGAACAUCUUCCCAAGCCCCAGGGAGCUCGAGGGCCCUGUCUACAGCAGAGGAGGAAGCAUGGAGGAUUACUGUGACAGCCCUCAUGGAGAGACUACCUUGGCUGAAGACUCAACCCAGGAUGUGACCACAGAGCACCACACAAGCGAUGACGAAUGUGAGCCCAUCGAGGCCAUUGCCAAGUUUGACUACGUGGGCCGGACAGCCCGAGAGCUGUCCUUCAAGAAGGGGGCAUCGCUGCUGCUUUACCAGCGGGCUUCCGACGACUGGUGGGAAGGCCGGCACAAUGGCAUCGACGGACUCAUCCCCCAUCAGUACAUCGUGGUCCAAGACACCGAGGACGGUGUCGUGGAGAGGUCCAGCCCCAAGUCUGAGAUUGAGGUCAUUUCUGAGCCACCUGAAGAAAAGGUGACAGCCAGAGCGGGGGCCAGCUGUCCCAGUGGGGGUCAUGUAGCCGAUAUUUAUCUUGCAAACAUCAACAACACCUUACAUCUUGAGAACUCAAAGCCCAUAACCACCAAGCAAAGGAAGCGUCCAGAAUCUGGGAGCAUCCGGAAAACAUUUCGGAGUGACAGCCAUGGGUUGAGCAGUUCCCUGACUGACUCCUCCUCCCCGGGGGUGGGGGCUACCUGCCGCCCAUCCUCCCAACCCAUCUUGAGCCAGAGUCUACCCAAAGAAGGGGCAGAAAAGUGUUCCAUCAGUGGGCACGGGAGCCUCAACUCCAUCAGCCGCCAUUCAUCCCUGAAGAAUCGGCUGGACAGUCCCCAGAUCCGGAAGACUGCCACAGCGGGAAGGUCAAAAAGCUUCAAUAACCAUCGGCCCAUGGACCCUGAGGUCAUUGCACAGGAUAUCGAGACAACAAUGAACUCGGCCCUGAACGAGCUGCGGGAGCUAGAGCGGCAGAGCAGUGUCAAGCACACCCCCGAUGUGGUUCUGGACACCUUGGAGCCCCUCAAAACCUCCCCGGUGGUGGCCCCCACGUCGGAGCCCUCCAGCCCCCUGCACACACAGCUCCUCAAAGACCCCGAGCCCACCUUCCAGCGCAGCGCCAGUACCGCUGGGGACAUCGCCUGCACCUUCCGGCCUGUCAAGUCUGUCAAGAUGGCUGCCCCGGUCAAACCACCAGCCACGCGGCCCAAGCCCACCGUCUUCCCCAAAACAAACGCCACUAGCCCCGGUGUCAACUCCUCAGCUUCCCCACAGUCUACUGACAAGUCUUGUACUGUCUGAGGCAUAUAAUUUAAUUGUUCUAGGCAAGGGGACUGUUAUUAAAAUCUUCCUAUUUAACUAGCUUGGGGACUUCAGUUGAAAAUUAGAUUCUAAGUUGUUCUUGCAGGAAUUAGCCUCCCCAUCCCCCAAAACCUUGAGAAUGAACCCCUCGUUAUCUCCUUUCCCUUCCCUUCCCACUGCCCUCCGCUUCCCCCAGUGGUCGUAACCCAGCCAGCUGCAGGCCGCGCCGUUCUUAGGUUAGCCAGAGACAGAGUCGUUCAUUAUCGGGUCACUGUGAAAUCUGGCGAGGCGAGUCAGAAGGACGUGAGCUCAAGUCUCAGUCCCCUCAGACCAAGGGGAUGCCUUGACCAGAUGGUUGGCUACUGCCAUCUAGCUCUCAGUGGCAUCUUGUUUUGGGUACUGAUUUAGAGAAUCAUAUAUAGUCCAUUCUUCAUCUUACACACACACACACACACAUGUAGGUUUUCUAGUCUCUGGCAUGUGUACCCUCUUCUGGUCAUAGACCAGUCUCUUUGUAAGUUAUUGUGGCAGUUCACACACAGGCCACCAGGGGUCUCUGUUUCCGUUACAAACUUUGUUCUGUCUGGGCCAGAGAACCUGGCCUUGGAGAUCUCUCCAUCAUACGAAAUGUCACAGGAUGGGACAAACCUGUGACCUGUUUGGGGUUGGGGGCUUUCUCUCUGUCUUCUUUCUGUUGGUGUGAAUUGGUCAUUGGUGUUUGCUCUUGCUCUCCUCCAUCCUCUAGAAGUACACUCCGAUCUUAUUAAGGAGCUUUUAAAGUUUUUCUGAAUGUAUAGACAUUUCCCGGGUUCCUAUCUUUUUCUCUGAUGGACCAUUUUCCAUUUAAGACAUUUUCCUGUAUAAGACAGUUUUAUAGCUGGUUCCUUUUAGGGUAAAGAGUCUUAAGAGAGUUUUGUUGUGUUUAUGGCAGGUUUGGAAAAAGUAAGAAAUGGGUCCUCUUCCUCCUACUUUUGGUUUUGGCGCUUAAAACAUUAAAUUCAUUCUUCUUUUAAAAAAUUGAAUUCAGCUUUGCUAACCCAAAAAUUGUUCCCAAAUGAAAACUUAUUUUAAGUUCACUUCUUAGUUUAAGUUAUCUUAUAAGGUCUCUCUUCAGGGACCAACAGGGGCUUGGAGAGCCCUAGUUAGAUUAAAGAGAGACACUGUCCCUUAAAACCAGUUUCCAUUUAUCCAAACAAGGACAACUAAGGGUACUUUUGACCUCACAGGCUCUAAAGCCUUCCCAAAGCCAGAAUCUAGAGCAAAAUUAAAAAUUGGAUGCUGAAUAGUUUGGUUCUCUUUUGGCCUUUUUUCUGAAUCCCCUCCAAAAUGCAAAAAUGACACCCUUGUCUGCUCCAGUUCAGUCUGCAAACCCGGUGCCUAUGGUCCUGGGUCCCCCAGCGUCAUGCUACCCCAGGAGUCCCAGGACUGCAGACAUUCACGUCCAGGCUCGUGGGUCUCAGACAGCAACUCGAGAGAAGCUGAAACUCAUUCCUCUUCUCCAUGUUUUCUGGUUUUCAAGCUGUGCUUUUAUUUUAGCUUAUUAUUAUAUCUUCCGUAGUUUAGGAGAGAUGGUGUGUUGCCAGUCAGGUAGGUAAGUCUGUUUUCUUAUCUUUCACCUAGAAGAGAUCCUUUUUGGACCAAGCUGUGAAGUUGGUAGUUGGAUCUAGAGAACGUGGUGGGGUUUUUUUGUCAUUCUGUGUGAAGGGAAAGGGGAGCUUUGUGGGAAGCCACCACUGAGAAGGCUAUAACCUGCGGCACCAGGGAACCCGUUCCCCGAGCUAGAAGGGAGAACCAAAGAACUCCUUCAGUAAAGUGAGUCGGUCUGCAAGAGGCAACUUACAAGCCUUUGGAUUCUUGGCUUUUGUUGCCCCGUUUACCGGUCUGUCACCUGGGCUUGCACAGGUCCUCAGCCAACAGGGGGCUUUCAUACUCAAGGAGCUGUUUCCUUGCUGGAAAGGAGCCCUACCCUUCACUUUACAUUCCUUCUAAUCCAACUGAUCAAAACUGGUACCCACACCUGCCCUGUCCCCCUCUCUCCAGCCCACUCCCCUCUAAGAAAGUAAAAGCAAAGCUUUCUGGAUGACAACGCUUUGGGCCUGUUCUGUUGCUCCUGCCUUAUUUCUCUUUCAACCCUGUACAUGACUUGUGUUCACCACCCCCUGGUCAGUGUCCGUCUGCUGUUGACUCGCAUCAUGGACUGAACAGUGUGUGAGUGGUCACCUGCUCAACCCAACUCUGGGAGCAGAGCUGUCUUCCCCAUCUCUGGUGCUCCUGACACCCGUGAGAUGGUCCUGUCGAGAGGACUAGGAACCGAUAGAAGGAGAGUCCUUCUCGGCAGAGUUCACUACGAUCAACUGGAAUUGAGGUUGCACACUGUGAUUUUACACCGAAAAGCCAAAAGGAGCUGGCCACCCAGGGCCUAGGGAGACCAGUCUUCCUCAGAUAUGCUUGCCGAAACCAGCAUGAUGCUCCAAGGAGCCCCGCUCUGCCCCUCGUGGCGUGGAUCCUUUUCCUGGUGUGGACUCUGAAGGGGGUCAGUCUUCGGGGAAGAGGGGUGGGGUGGGGCUACCAGCAUCCCAGUUUGGAAAAACAGAGGAGUUUGUAGCCAGCAGCCUAUAAACUGGAAACACUGGUCUCAGCCAACCUCCUCAGGGCGCCCUGGUUUCUCCCCAAGGAGAUGAGGAGCGAUGACGCCAGCGUCAGGAUGAACAGAGCACUGGAAGGGCUGGUGUGUAUGUACUUCACGUGCAGAAGAGAAGUUAGAUCUUCCAGGGAAUUGCAAUGUUGUGGCGUCUGACUUGUAUGUCACAUUUGUGUAAAAUGGUAUAUUCUUUACAAUAGUGUUGAUAACUGGAAUAUUGUAUGUAUGCUUGGAGAUGCUUUGUGUGAACCUAAGACUGUCACUCAACAGAUGUUGGAUUGGGGAAAAUCCAAAGCACAACUUCAAAAUAAAAUACAUUUUUAGGUUUC